AUGGAGAACUCAAGAUCGUCAAUCAAUGAACAGGUGGACCCAUCCGGUGAGAUCGACAUGGAAAUCACAAACCUUGAUACACAUCAUCAGAUCAGCAAUCAAUCUGCACCACUUCGUGCCUCCGAUAUCUCUAGGAAGGCACCCAUUCAUCUCCCAAACGAAAUAUUGGACCUUAUUUGGAGUCACACAUAUAUCGUAGAGCCACAAAAUAUUACAGUCAGAUGUAAGAAAGUGGGAGAAAGCUUUGAACUAUGGAGUAAUGAGCCAUAUUCCAUAGCAUUGCGCGUCUGCCGACAAUCGAGACAGUGGUUCAAGGACCAGCAUCACGACAAACGAUGCAACGUAGCUUCCCUUGCGCAAACUGGAGGCUAUAUUGGACCACUGAAACCACUGAAGAAUCUUUGGUUUAAUCCAUUAAUUGAUCGCAUCUGUCCGAUUGUUGAAGGAGAUUGGAGUGAUGAGGCUUUCAUUACCAUGUGCAACGUCAUGCAAGCCACUAAGGUUGCCAAAAUUGCAGUGAGUGACUGUUCCCACGAAUCAGCCAUCUACAGUCCUUGGGCGGCCUACUAUAGACUAAGCAAUAUCGACAAUUGGAGCUUGAGUUUCAGAGAAACCAUUAUUUACACAACCAAGAGCGAUAUCAAUGAGAACCGCCAGCUCAUGCUCAUUGAAUGGACUGAAUUUGAUGUUAAGUUGGACAUGUUGCAGGAGAAGCGCCGCAGAAUUCAGAUCAAUUACAAGGCUCUGCCGACCUUUAAAAAGGUCUCGGAAGCAUACGCAGACCAAGUAAUUGCAGAUACUCAAGCAAAAUUUGAGGGAAGCAUAGCAAGGAAGGCCCCUAAUCUUCCGAUCUGGCUCUACCAGAACAAGGAGGGAUGGGAGGGUCUAAAGUUGCAGAUUAUGGUUGAAGCUGGCACCUUUGAUCGCCAAGAAAAUUAUCUGGGCAACGAAACAUCGGACAGCGAUAAUAACAACGAUGAAGAGGCCAGCGACUCCGAGGAGGAUGAAGAUGAGGAACCCGAGGAGGAUGAGGGUAUCACGGACGAGAACAGCGACGACGAUACUGAGAACUAA